UCUCGGCAAUUACUCUGUGCAGCUGGCUCCGACUGGAAAGUUGGCUUACUUCGAAGUAAAUUGCUACAAUAGAUAUCCAUCCGUUCCUAAUCGAAGGGGCUGAGGGUGGCUAGGAAGGUGUCUUAAACACGAUCGCGCACGCGCUUUAAAACCCAAGUUCGGCAGUUUAGACGCUUCCCGUCCUUUUGCGCUUGCGCAAGAAGCAGCGUCGGUGUUUUUUUUUUUUUUUGCUUUGCGGAACCUCCGCGCGAGGAUUGCGUUUCCGCCCGGAAGUAGAAGCAGUAGAGCACUUUCCCGGAGGCUUUCUCUUUCCUUUCCGGGCGGUGUGCUCUUUCUCUGCGCUAUGGCGUCUCGCAAAGAAGCAGCCGGCGCCGGCUCCUCUUCUGUCGGCGGCAGUAAAGCGAAAGGCAAAGCAGCCCCAGGCGAUUCCGCCGUGAAGCAAGUGCAGAUCGACGGGCUGGUGGUGCUGAAGAUCAUCAAGCAUUAUCAAGAAGAAGGCCAAGGGAAUGAAGUGGUGCAGGGUGUGCUGCUGGGCUUAGUGGUGGAUGACAGGCUCGAAAUCACCAACUGCUUCCCAUUCCCUCAGCAUACGGAGGAUGACGCCGACUUCGAUGAAGUCCAAUAUCAGAUGGAGAUGAUGCGGAGCCUCCGCCAUGUCAACAUCGACCAUCUUCACGUCGGCUGGUACCAGUCCACCUAUUAUGGCUCUUUUGUCACCCGUGCCCUCCUGGACUCCCAGUUCAGCUACCAACAUGCCAUUGAGGAGUCUGUCGUUCUCAUUUACGAUCCUAUAAAAACUGCCCAAGGAUACCUUUCGCUAAAAGCAUACAGACUGACACCUAAACUGAUGGAUGUUUGCAAAGAGAAAGACUUCUCCCCGGAAGCGUUAAAAAAGGCGACCAUUGCCUUUGAAAGCAUGUUUGAGGAAGUCCCGAUCAUCAUCAAGAAUUCCUACCUGAUCAACGUUCUACUUUGGGAGCUCGAGAAGAAGUCAGCAGUGGCAGACAGGCAUGAGCUGCUCAGCCUCGCAAGCAAUAAUCACCUUGGGAAAAGCCUGCAGCUGUUAAUGGACCGAGUGGAUGAGAUGAGCCAGGAUAUUGUCAAAUACAACACCUACCUGCGGAACACCAGCAAACAGCAGCAGCAGAAACAUCAGUAUCAGCAGAGGCGUCAGCAAGAGAACUUGCAGCGCCAAAGCAGAGGAGAGGCCCCUCUCCCUGAAGAGGACUUGAAUAAAUUGUUCAAACCACCACAGCCUCCUCCCAGGAUGGAAUCGCUGCUGAUUGCAGGUCAAAUUAAUACUUACGCCCAGAACAUCAAGGAAUUCACUGCCCAGAACCUGGGCAAGCUCUUCAUGGCUCAGGCGCUUCAGGAGCACAAUAACUAGAGAUGGAAAAUGAAGCGCUCGCAGUCUCCUGCCCGAGACGGAGGGGCUCAGGAUCUCAGCUCGUUUGGGCUUAAGAGGUUUUUCCAUUGAUGGUUGCAAAAUGAACCAUGAACUAGACUCUCAGGUGUCUGAGGAGAAUUCUAAAGGGAAAAAAAGAUAAAAAUAAAAGGCCAAUUUUAAACUUUU